AUGGGUUCGGCAAAACGGUACACUGCGGCCAUGUUUGAUAAGCAUUACGAGGAUGAAAACUAUUUCGGAUUCGAGACGCUUGUUGACCCCAAUACCUACAACAUCCAGGUCAAGGCCUACAUGGACAAGAACCGAUGUCGUCUUCAAGAUUACAUGGUCUUAGUCGGCACAUACCACACUCACUUCGGACGCCAAAAAGUAUGGGCGCGGCCCACGGGCUUGGAGGUCGAGUAUUACCACGGCUUGCCGGAAGCGCUCGAACUUGCACGAGUAGAUGAUCUGUUCGAAAAUCGCAUCUACUACGUCCCGCCGUUCAGCUACAUGUCCACCUCUCAGAACACGCGUAUGAAGAAGGAACGUCUUUACGGUAUGAAGGUAGUUGAGACAGUUGUCAACGUCGUCUUCCUGAAGCAAGGCUGGCUCGUUCACUUCGAGGUCGACUCUGAUACAGAUGCGCUGGAAGCUUUCAAGUAUGCUUGUAUCAACUAUGAGCCGAGGAAGACGGAGGCUGCGAACAUGGCCAAGGUUAAGAAAGAGAAGGAGGACUUGAAUGAGGAGUAUCAAGCUCGCGCCUGGGGUCGUCAGAACAAUCAUCGGGAUAGGGGAUCAUCUUUCUCUCAUGCCAACGGCCAGGACAGAUGCUCUUCAGGAGGACUACCAUCUCCACGCGUUAAGACUGAGCCUACGGAUGAGGACAGCAGUCUUUUCCAACCCCCAGCCAUUCCGAAUCGUGAUCCGCAAACCCAAGCCGAUUUCCCCACUCGAAAGGGUGGUACACCAACACCCGGUCUUUCACAUUCUCCUAUACGCCGCCCUCCGGCUCCAAUCACUCCACGUCGCCGUCAGCCACCCACAUAUGCUCAGACACAGGCCUACGAGGCUGACCUCCGCACACAACUACAACAAGCAAACCGUGCUCGCGAACAAGAUCGUCUACAGCUACAGCAGGCGGAAGAGAGGAUCAGAGAGCUUGAGGGCAUUCUUAUUGCCAUGGGUGGAUACUAG